AAUCAACCAUUCACCAGACACAGCUCAGAGACACUUCUAAAUAUGGCCAGAUACUUAGCUGCUCAAGAACCUGUGCCAAACAUUUCUCAAGUUCUCAUUAACUACACAAUGGCUCGAAUAGGUCGUGAACUUGGCGCAUAUAAACUAGCUCGUGACACUCUGGACCGUUUGGGGAGUCUUCGGGUCCCACCACGAUUACAGCGGGAUGUCGAGUUGAUGACUGUGAAUAUAAGGGCCAAGCCAUUUUCAGAUGCAGAAGAUCUGUUGCCUGUUUGUCACAGAUGUGGUUUGAACAAUCCGCUUACAUGUGGAAUGAAUUGUGUACACUGUAAAACACCUUUCCAGUUCUCUUUCGCCACUUUUGAAAUUCUGCCUCUAAUUGAAUUUUUCAUCGACGAUGAUAUUCCUACUGAAGAAGCCGUGAGCUUGGUAGAGUCCGAACCGCCUCUAUCAGAUUCGAACUUCAACCCUUUCCAAAAUGUUGCGAAAAAAUCCGGUGAGAUUCACUUGAAUCGUGAUGAUCUGACCCGACUCGAAAAAGGUCAGGUAAUCAUUCUCCACUGGCCAGAACCCCUGGAAACUAAGUUUUUGUUCAAUCAAAUGCCAUCAAUCUCGGUAUCGAAAUGCCCAUCAUGCAACAAGGUAAUUUUUCUUGAUCUUUGA